AUGGACAUGGUGAGGAAAGUCCACAGAAAUGUUCGGAGGCACCCACUGACACACAAGUCUCAGCAAUACAAAAGGACCCUUCCUCCAGCAAGGACCAUCAUGACACGCAGCCAGUGUAUACCCAGCACCAGCUUCUUCCACAGGCUCCCAUCAGAGGUGUUUGACAUGAUCCUCGACAAACUGUCCGUGCUGGAGAUCAGUGUGUUUAGCAUGGUGUCCAAAGAAAUCACUAGACAUGUCGUGGACUACAUCUCCACCCUGGCCUGGAAGAAUAAAAUGAUUGUCCAGAGCUUUCACCACUCAACUUUCCCUGAGCAGAGCUCCACUAUUGAACACUACAGAAACCUGGGUUUGUUGCUCAAGAGAUGUACUCUUUUGCUACCAACAAAGGAGAGGUUAAAGUUUAUCUUCAGCAGGUUUUCACAGACUCCCUGCUUCAUGUUGGAGCAGUGUCUAACUCCAGACUGCAUUGGCUUUUCCGCCUAUGGUGUCUUCCUCCAGACACUUAUUGCAGGGUGGGAUGAGUUGGAGUGCCACAGAGUGUUCAACUUCCUGUGUGAUGUCACAAACCUGCUGCAAAAAAUUGAGGCAGUUAUCACUGCAAAACCAGGGGUGAGGUGGUACCAGGAGCUGCAGCUCCGUCUUUUCUGUCGUCAGGUUCUGUUGGACCCAUGGUCGAACCAGCCAGAGUGUCAGUUCUGGCUAAUACAACUCCUGAAGCCUUGGCCCAUGGUCAGCCAGGCACACUUACUGUUCAUCCUCUUUGGACCCCUGCUUCCUGAGGGCACUCUAGGUUGGCAGGAUCUGGUGGACAGGGGGCAGCCUCACAGCGCUCUGUGGGACCUGGCCAGGGCCAUCCUCCUGCUUUUCGGCAAACUGACAGUCAAAGGCUGGACCACCGACUCAAUGCUGGCAAUCCUGGAGGAGCUCAUUGUUAUUCCUCAGCCAUGGCAUGUGGAGAACGUGGCUCGUCUCUUGGUGCUGUGUGGUAGCAGUCUCUGCUACACUGUUCUGGUCAGCAAGGCCCUGAAAGGACGACUCCUUGAGAUCUCCAGACUCAUCGUCUACAUCAUACUGGUGUGUGAGAAGGACGGCUAUCACAUGAAGUGGGCGGUGAAGUUGGUACAACAGAUCUGCAAGGUCUACAGCACGGCUCCUGAAAGGUUCUGCUUCAUCCGAGAAGUGGAGAACAUGUUUUCUGAAAUAACCAGGGAGUUCUUUGAGUUUUCUGUAGCAGGGAACCACCUUGAAGACAGCGAGACUUUCCAGACCCUGUGUAUCCUCCUGGACUCCAGUGCUCGCUUCCACACUAAAUUCCUCCACAUGUUCCUGAAAUAGGACUAAUGCAGAUUAAAUGUGACAAGAUAUGGAGAAAAGGAAGAAGAGUCGGGGAAGAAAUAAGCGCCAGUAAUGAAAGGGAGUAACUAAAGAGUGAAAGAAAUUGAUGGACCUCUACAACAACAGUAAGACUUGAACAUGGGAAGUGCUGUCAUGGUAGCUUUGAAAGUUCAGGGAAGUCUGAGGAUGAAUUUGGUUGACAGUUCACUAUACGCUAUCAAAACAUUUUAUUUGCUGGUUGAAAAUAGAGAUGUUUAACUACUCUGACUAAACAGCAUGGUUAUUUAUGCAAGUUUUAUAUUUCCCUCAAAUAUUGCUCCUCUUAAACCAGCUUGGAUGUUAUUUUUCAUAAAGAGUAUUUAAUAUUUAUUCAUUAAAAGUAACAAUUUUUAUGUGACACUAUUUAUUUAUUCACAUUGAACCUCUGGGUAGUUGGCAUUCAAUAUUUACAUUGUUAUUGAAUAAUUCAUUAAAUUGGUAUUUUCAAUUCUAAUUUGUCUUCAUUUACACAUCUGUUUAUAUUUUUGUGGAACAGUGUGCACUCAGCAAACAGCAAGUUUUUAUCACCCUCCAGGUAGAAAAAUGUUCAGCACUGACAGCAUUUUCCAAAAAAAAAAAAAAAAAAAAAUUAUUGGAUGGAAUUAG